AGGAAGCCGGGAUGGUUGGGGGUGAGGGUUCUCCCAAGCCACCCUGGAGCCCUGAGCAGGUUGAUGUCUUGCAGCUGUAAAACAAGAUCCAGGAGGAGCAAUGAUGAGCGGGCUGCAGGUUCGGCACCGGAGCCCUCACCAAACUCGCUGCACCCCACAGCCUUGCGGGGAACCGGGGCUUUUCCUGGUAGCCAGAGGAAAACACCAGCAAUCUGGCUUUGGGGUGGGUGAGCUUGUGUGUCUAACGCCAGCCGCCCUCCCCGGCCGCCAGCGCUUUGGCUCCGCGUUUCGGGGGGUUUGGAGCACGGCGGGGAGGGAGGGAGGGGGCAUGCAUGGACCUGGAAGCAAAAUGUUUUCACGCUCCUGUGCAAGCCUCGCUGCGGGAGAGAAAACCCUCAUCUCACCCCAACCUGCCCUGCGUCCCCCCAUUCGCCAUGGGCUGACACCGGGCUGCACCAGGACCUCGGUGCAAUUUGGGGGAGGCUCUAGUGGGGUCUGGAGGGGCAGAACCCCCCUGCAGGGCUCCCGUGCCCCCUUCCCUGGGUGGCUGGAGGCCUCGCAGGGCCCUGCCGCUUUAAACCUGCCUCUCCCACGUGCUGUCUGGUUGUGCUGGAGACAGUGACGCAGGCAGGACGUCAAUGGACGCUGUGGGAGAAUUUAGACUUGGAGAGGAAGGGGGGGCAGGGAGGGACGGACCCGUUUGCAGGGAGCAGGGGCCACGGGGGGGUGCGCGGCCGGGGCGGGAGGGACGGGGCACCCAGCUGUGCAAGGUCCCCCGGGAGCGCCGCGGUGGCUUCGCUCCAUGCGAUGUCCCCCCCGCCAGCAAACGCCGGGGCCUCCGCCAGCUGUGAGGGCAAAUAAUCCGCCUCCAGCACAUCCGUGCCGGGGUGGGUGGCGUGGGGGGGCCGGGCUGGGCCACGUGAAGGCGAUGCUUCCUCCCUGCCCAUGUGGCCCCCCCGGCUUGUCACCGCACGUGUGCCACCCUUGUACCCCCCGCGGGUUGGUGUGCGGCAGGUGUGCGGCCUCGGAGCCGCACCGGGCCCUGGGGCGUCCCCCCGCGGGUGCCAUGGGAGUGGGGCUGGAAGGGGCCCCGGGGGGGUCACCGGGACUGGAAGGGGCCCCGGGGGGGUCACCGGGGCAGGAAGGGGCCCUGGGGAGUCACCGGGACUGGAAGAGACCCAGGGGGGUCACUGGGGCGGGAAGGAACCUGGAGGGGGUCACCGGGGCGGGAAGGAACCUGGGGGGGUCACUGGGGCUGGAAGGGACCCAAGGGGUCACCGGGGCUGGAAUGGCCCCAGGGGGUCACUAGGGUUGGAAAGGGCCCCGGGGGGGUCACCAGGGCUGGAAGGGGCCCCGGGGGCGUCACCAGGGCUGGAAGGGGUCCCGGGGGCGUCACCAGGGCUGGAAGGGGCCCCGGGGGCGUCACCAGGGCUGGAAGGGGCCCCGGGGGCGUCACCAGGGCUGGAAGGGGCCCCGGGGGCGUCACCAGGGCUGGAAGGGCCCUGGAGGUCACCGGGACUGUCCCUCCGCUCAGGGCUGCAGCCCCUGGACCGACCCCAUGAGCGCAUCUCGCAGUGCAGCUCCAGCUUUGCUCCCCGGUUGCUGUUUGCUCCCCAAAACCAGGCUGUGCCCCUGCAAGGGCAUCACCGCCCCCCUGGUGCAGGGUCCAGCCCCCCUCCCUCGCUAUCGGGUCUGCAGCACUUCAAGGACGCUGGUGUCACCAGGGGACAGGCUGGCGGUGGCACUGCGGGUGAUGAGGGUGUAGGUGGUUGCAUAGCUUGGAAGACCCAGGAGUGCUGCCUCCUACCCGCUGGCACAGGGCAAGGGAAAGCGAUUUCCAGCGGCGAGAGGCUGCGUCGCAGCUGUACGGAGCCACCGGCCUGGUGUGGGAAGGGAGUUACUCAGCGUUUGGUUCCCAAGGGAAAAUAAGACGGCUCCAACCGACUUUCCAAAAUACUUUGAGGUUCGUAGUAAUGUUCUCCUCUCCGUCUCAUAAAGAUCCCGGGUUGGAUUCUUCCCUCGUGGAGAGGUGCUGGAGCUCGGCUGCUGCGCAUUAUGAUGACUAUUUUUAUUUGUUAUUUCUUUGGCUACAUGAUCUCGGUUGAUUGGAAAACAAACCCCAGAGAAUCCUUGAGGAGAGACUGAAAACAGCUCUCGGUGAGAUGACUAAUCCCAUCUCUAUCUAAACCAACGGGGCGCUAAAAAUAGCUCUAUUUCUAACAAUAAAUAUCAUAAAAUAACUAACUGACAACAAACAGCCCCAAAAAGCCAAACACAUAGGAAAGUCCACUAUUGUGAUGGGGGAAGGAGCCAGCAGGAAACUGUGUCACUGAGUCAGAGGGAUGAAGACACCGGAGGUGCCGAUGCCACCGGCGAUGCCGCGGUGUCUCGGUUGGCACCGCUCACCUCUUGCCCAAACUGAGAUAGUUGUGUCUUUGCUUAGUUUAGCCCAGAUUAAGGUAUAUGGGCCACACUCCAGACCCCAAGAAAGCCCAUCCUGGAGAGACGGUGCCGCCGUCCUGGCGCUGAGCAUCCCCAGAGCGGGAACCCUGUCCCCAGCGCAGCGGCUCCGCUCACCCCACAGCUUUCUCAGCAGCGUUUGGCCCUUGGCCACGAGCCGUCCUGAGCCGUGGACUCACCACACACCUCGGGUAAUUUGCCACGUGCCCAAUGUGUUGCAAAACGUCCCUUUUGGCUGAGUCACCGGCAUCGGGGAACCGGCACCCGGCCCUCCUGGAUGGGCUCAAGGAAGAGCCGGCCGUGCCGAACAGCCCCAGGAGCACAGCCCAGCCUCCCGAUCACCCUGCUCUUUGGGGCAGGAAUUGGGGGUUUUUGGGGGUUGUGCAGCACGUUGUGUGCAGGGGACUCGGAGGGACCGUGUGCUGUUGCAAGAUGGGUGGCGGUUGAUGGUUACAGGUGUUGUUUGGGUAAAAAUGCAAUGGCCGGCUGUUCUCCCCCAUCCCUGACAACCAGCCUGUGGCUGUUUUUGUGCUCGGGGGAUGCUGAGCGCCUGUGUCACAGUGUUCCAGCUGGAUGUGACCCAGCAGGGCCCAGAUGUCCUUGUCACCGGUCUCCAGACCCCUCAUGCUGGGACAGUGGCCUUGUGGUGCGACACAGGCAUCACUCAGCAUCCCCGUCAUCCGCAGCACCAGCCUCCUGCCAGUAUGGUGCUGGCUCGGUGGGAAGGCCGGUUGCACAUCUCUCGGUCAGGGGGACCCAUGAGACGUCUCCCAUGGAGGCUCUGACUCCUGACACGAGCUUGUUUCUGCCAGAUGCGGUCCCACGCCAGCUUCAGUUUCAUUCUUACUGCUUUCUGUGGCACAUGGGAGCCCGCCCAAGCCUGCCAUGCAUCCCCUGAGCCCGUGCUGAGCCCCGGCCAUGCCAUACAACACCGCUCCGGCACUGGGAGAGCUCAUGGGGUGCCCCUGCCGUGCCCCUCGGCGCAGACCCGCAUCCUUCCAGCCACCGGCCCCAUCCGCAUCCCCAGCCCCGAGGCUGCCGGCGCCAGCGCUGCCCCAGCACCACGGAUACACGGCACUGGACAAGGUGGUGAGACCGGGAUGGCACCAGGUCUCAGACACCCUAAAAAUCAGAGUCCUGCCCCAACCCACAGCCCCGGCACAGGGCGAGCGCCGCAGCGGGAGCCGCCGUUCAACAGGUUGGAUGUCUUGAGGGUAACCACGGAGCAGUUCAGCCGGGUUGAAGGUACAGGAGGAGCUGGGAGAAGGGGAAUGUAAUGCCCUGUGUUGGAGCUGGGCCCAGGCGUUGCGACCCCGCAGCCAGUGAAGCCCUUCACCGGUUGGCGGUGGUGCCAUGUGCUUGGCCGUGUGUUCCCGGUCCCGAGGACUCAGUGCUGCGGGAAGGGCUGCGGCAGCACCGGCUUCACCACCAUGUCCUGGUGUGUCGGGGAUACAGGAGGCCAGAGCAGACCCGUGGCCCAGGACACGCCGUAUCGGUGCCCGCUGGGCUGCGUUGUGCCCAUGGGGGCUCCGCGCUGGCACCGGACACUGAACCAGGACCAUUUGCCAGCUCCGAGCACCAGAUCCAACACCUGGGCUGCAGAACUGGCCCUUUCACUGGGGUACGGGGGUGAUUAAUGUGCCCCAGCGUGGCUUUUAGGGACAUGCACCAAGACCAGUCGUGGGGUUCAGGGCUGUGACACUUGAACCCCACCAACCCCACUCCCCUGCACCUCGUUCCCCCCAAGGGAGCUCUGGCCAAGAUCCUCCGUCUCCAUCACCCGGGGCAGCUGCUCAGGGGGUCAGGAGAGCCCCCACCUCCCCAUGCUGCUGCCUUGGGGAGGCACCGACACGAGUGCGCCCUUGUGGAUGGGGGUGCAGGGGAUCUCGGUUCUUCCCCCCUCCCAACCAGGGUCCACUUCCCUGGCUCUGCCCCCCCAACCCAGCGCCUCCUUCCUCCCAUUCUGCCCCCGGCCUGGCUCUUCCUUCCCCCGGCUUCACAGCUCUUCCUCCCCGCGGCCCCGGAUCAGUCGCCCUUGUCUUUGCCCCCCUAGCCCCGGCUCUGACCCCCUCACCUCUGCCCCCCCAGCCCCGGAUCUGCUCCCCCCGGCCCCAGCUCUGCCCCCUCGUCUCUGACCCCCCCAGCCCCGGCUCAGUCCCCCUCGUCUUUGCCCCCACAACCCCGGCUCUGCCCCCCCAGCCCCGGCUCUGCCCCCCGGUUCUGCCGCCCCGGUUCUGCUCCACU